AACUAUUUCUAUUUUAGCUCACUCUACCAAACCGCAAAAAAACCUCCCUGUCUCUUCUCUUACCUCACCACUUUUCCGGCGAAAAUGGGACUCACCGACGGCGGUAUCGCAACACCCACACUGGACAGAGAAGCACCGGAAAUUAUCCACCGUGUCUCCGAGGAAGGCGGCGGUUACACAUUCGCACGUAUGGUGUCGGCGGCGGCAAGCGACGGCGACGCAACUGCAGCGGAGGUGGCGCGGGAGAUUGCCUGGGAGCAGCUCCACAGUGGACCAUGGCACUCAGUUCUUCCUAUCUGGAGGGAUGCUUAUUCAAUGGCGUGCCUCCACGUGGCGAAACACCAUUUCGCCGGCGGUGACUUCCCGGAGACGCUUAAGGUUUUGGAUUUAGGGUUGAUUAUGGGUGGGUCCCUGUUGAGGAUUGACUUGGAGAAUGCUGUUGAGAAAGUUAUGGCGGUUGCUGAGGAGAGAGAAAAGAGUAAUAAUAAUGUUGGUGGUGAUGGUGGGUUGUUGUUUUCUUCGGUUGAAUUCAAUGAAGAUGAGGUUUUCCAGUUAUUACCUACAAAAUCACUGUCUUCGAAGCAUGUUGCAAGGCGCUCUGAGUUGUCAUUGGAAGGAUUCCUUCGUGACUAUUAUAUGUUGGGUUUGCCUGUUAUUAUCAGUGACUCGAUGUCUCAUUGGCCAGCUCGAGCUAGAUGGAACAACACGGAUUACUUAAAGAAGGUUGCUGGAGGUCGUACAGUACCUGUCGAGGUUGGAAAAAACUACCUAUGUUCCGAGUGGAAGCAAGAGCUUAUCACAUUUUCUCAAUUUCUGGAACGAAUUCAGUCCCGUAACACUUGUGCAGUCCCAACAUAUCUAGCGCAGCAUCCUUUGUUUGACCAGAUCAAAGAGCUUAGGAAGGACAUUCUUGUUCCGGACUAUUGCUAUGCUGGUGGUGGUGAAAUGAGGUCAAUUAAUGCUUGGUUUGGUCCAGGUGGAACUGUAACACCUUUACAUCAUGAUCCACACCAUAACUUAUUUGCUCAGGUUGUUGGUAAGAAGUAUGUAAGACUGUAUGCAGCCUCCGUUUCUGAGGAACUUUAUCCGCAUUCUGAAACCAUGCUAUGCAAUUCCAGCCAGGUUGAUUUAGACAACAUAGAUGACAAUGCAUUUCCAAAAGCUAAGGACUUGGAAUUUAUGGACUGCAUUUUAGACGAAGGUGAUAUGCUAUACAUCCCCCCAAAGUGGUGGCACUAUGUGCGUUCUCUCACACCGAGUUUAUCAGUUAGUUUUUGGUGGAGCAACCCUGAAGGUUCACCCUGAGUUGGUACUUGGUAGCAUUUUAUCUGAUUAAGGAUGUUGAAGAUUUUAUUUGUUAGAGAAGUUAGUGUGUUGAGUUUAGAAACAUAGACAUAUACCUCGCAGUUGUUACGACCGUCAUUUUGAUGUAUAUAGACAUUCAUAUGAUGAAUGAUUUGAGGCAUUUGGUCUAGACCUGAUCAACAUGAGUCCGACCCGAAAUUUGGCGGGUUUGGGCACAACAAGCAGACCCGAAUUUUGGCCCGGCCUGACAUAUGGGCUAAUUUUAUGUCUCUGCCCGGCCCGGCCUGCCUUUUGAUCAGGUCUAAUUUGGUCUGUCUGUCCUAGCCUCUGAACUCGUGCAUUGUGAAAUGUAAUUGUAUGCUAUUAAGAAUCUUCUUUUGAAUUGACAAGUGAUCUAUGUUAUUGGUAUUUAAUGGUAUUACUAAUUUA